CGUGCGAUCUGUUAUUUUGGGGAGAAGGGAGGGAAAAGGCGAAGGACGUGAGCUUUUUCGAAGAGGGUAAGGUGGGGAGAUAUGGAAACACAGAAGCGCGACGAAGAGGUUUGGCAGAGGAAGGCAACCGGAGGCGGCGGCCGCAGCCUUAGCGGGGUAGCGGUUCCGUCCCCCGGGGCAAUACCGGUACACCGCAUCAUCGUCCCGAAGCCGGAGCCGAUCGAGAUGUUAGGGGUUGGGGCUUUCCAGAUAGUCCGGAGGCCAGCAAGCCGGACCAAGGACCGGCACACGAAAGUGGAGGGCCGUGGCCGGAGGAUCCGGAUGCCGGCGGCAUGCGCCGCCCGCAUCUUCCAGCUAACCCGCGAGCUGGGACACAAGUCCGACGGCGAGACCAUAAAGUGGCUCCUCGAGCACGCUGAGCCGGCGAUCAUUGCCGCCACCGGCACGGGGACUGUCCCUGCCAUUGCCACCAACGUCGGCGGGACCCUGAAAAUACCCACUGAGGCACCGACCUCCGCUCCAGUGAGCUCCACAUCCACCAUCGUGGCCGCCGACGACGCGCCAGCAACGGACGACGAGGAAGCGGGCAAGAAACGAAGGAAGAAACUCCAGCCGUCACGGACUGGUGGCGGCACUGUCAUCGCCGGGUACUACCCCGUCCAGGACCCGUUGCUUCCGGUGGGCGGCGCCAUCUCGAUAUCUUCCGGCUUGGCGCCAAUCGGGCCAGGGGCGCAAGGGAUGAUGCCGAUGUGGACGCUCGGAGGCGACGCAGCCGGGGCUAGCAUGAUACCGCCGGGAGCGCUGUGGGUGCUGCCACCGCCAUCCGUGGCGGUGGCCCCGUCGAGCCAGUCCCAAAUAUGGACGUUUCCCCGGGCGCCACAGAUCAUUAAUCUCACAGCGGUCCGCCCAGUCUCCACCGAGACACGGUUCACCACCACAGCUUCCGGCGUCAACGUCGCCAGGGCGGCGGAGGUUCAGCACAGUGCCGCGCCACCGGUCGCCGCCGCGUACGCUCCGGCGACUGGAGGAAAGCAAGAGCUGCAACUGAUGUCAAAUCCCGGCGCGUUGCGGCGCGGGCAAGUGCAUGAGCUGGACGACUACGAGGAUGACGAAGACGAUGACGACGACGACGACAGCAGCGCCGAAGAUUAGAACUGGAUUUAGGAUAAGCCGAAGGAUUGCCCCUCUUCUACUCCUUUUUUAACUUUUCUUCUGUUUCCCAUUGCUGUGGCUCUCUGUGCAACUCCCAAUUCAGUGGCGCCACAAAGCACGGUGGCCUCCAGCCCGUGAAACAGUCGCCGUUGCAUUCACAGCGAGGUCGGCACGUGCGAGGGGUGGUGUUCACGGUGGGUGGGGUUGGAACGGGGUUGCGAGUGGUCCCCGUUCGGGUUGUUGGAAGCCAGUGCAAAAAGUGGGGUCCGCUUUCCGCCACCUGUCCGUCAUGUGAGCCAGCGGGAGCGGGCCCCAAGUCCAGGAUCCUUCUGCUGCCACGAUGCUAAUCCUAAUCUAUUUCCGUGUUGGCUUUAGGGAAACUAAUUAAAGGUUUAUUAAGCAUGAUUUAUGUCCUUCAAACUUCA